CAUCCAAAUAAAAUUAUAAGGAAGGAAAAGCUUCACCCUGCCCCAUCAAGAGCUGUGGAAUAGAAUUGCAUAGCUGAAAAUGAGGAGUACUUGUGAUGAAUGGAAACCUUUUAUAGUAAUGAUAGCAAUUGAUUUUUCUUUUGCGGCAGUGAAUAUUCUUCUCAAGAAAGUCCUUGAAGAGGGAAUGAACCAUUUGGUUUUUAUCACAUACCGGCUGUCAAUUGCUACCAUUUUCAUAGCCCCAAUCUGCUACUUUAGGGAAAGAAACGACAGACCAAGGCUCACAUUUCGAAUUUUAUGUUACCUAUUCUGCAGUGCCAUUGUUGGGGCAUCAGUGACUCAAUACUUUUUCCUUAUGGGGAUCCAAUAUACUUCUGCUACCUUUUCUUGUGCUUUCAUCAACAUGGUGCCUGUGGUCACAUUCAUGAUGGCAUUACCAUUUGGGUUAGAGACCGUGAAAAUCAAAUGCAAAAGUGGGAGAGCUAAGAUUCUUGGUUCAUUGGUGUGCAUAGGCGGCGCAUUGAUGUUGACACUUUACAAAGGCAAGCCACUGUUUAAUUUUUCUCACUAUGAAUCUGUAUCUCCUGUGGCCAACAGUUCUGCAGUGAAUCUAGCUUCUACAAGGACAAAGGGAAAAUGGACUAUUGGUGUAAUAGCGUUGGUUUUGGGAACCAUCUUUUGGUCUUCUUGGUUUAUUUUACAGUCAAAAAUAAGCAAGAGAUAUCCAUGCCAGUAUUCUAGCACAGCCAUCAUGUCCUUCUUUGGGGCCAUUCAAUCAGCUGUUAUUUGCUUCUUCACUGACCACAACUUGUCCAUUUGGGUUCUCAAGGGAAAGAUACAAAUCAUUGCUAUUCUAUAUGCUGGGAUGAUUGGUUCGGGUUUGUGUUUUGUGGGCAUGUCAUGGUGUGUGAAGAAGAGAGGUCCUGUCUUUACUGCAGCAUUCAGUCCUCUUGUUCAGAUAAUGGCAGCAAUGAUUGAUAUCCCUGUCUUGCAUGAGCAGCUCCAUCUUGGAAGUGUGAUGGGGUCUAUCUUGGUGAUUAUUGGAUUGUACAUUCUUCUAUGGGGUAAGAGCAUGGAAAUGCAGAAUCGUGUGGUCAAGUUAGUCCAAGAAGCUGAAGAAACCAAGGAGCAAGAACCGCAACCGCAAAUACAACAGUUGACAGUGUAUGUUCACGCAGAAUCGUGUGAUUCGCAGUGCCACUAAUUGUUUUAUAUGUAUGUUCACGUUUGUCAAGCAACUUUCUACAUAGUUUUAAGUAGGUUUUUACUUAAACAAUACAUCAGACAAUGUAUAAGGGGCUAUGGUUUGAUCCGUCUGGGAAUAAGGUAAUGUAAUGUACGUUAAAUGAAAAGGAAAACAAAAAAGAGGGUAAAAUUGUAGUGAAAUGAGAAAGUCAAGAUGUUACGAUCGUAAGACUCAGCAAAUAAGAUUUUAUUUACUUGUAAUCAA